AUUUCACUUUCCAUUAGGAGAAAAUUUAAAAUUUACUUUAAAGAGAAAUUAGAUAAAUAGCUAGAGACAUUAGUCUACUUGUGGUAUAUUACAUAUACAAAUAGAGAGAGAAACGAAUAGAAGACCAUCGGCAAUACUCUUAACCAGAUCUGCAAAAAUCCCUCACCUGAAAUUGUUAUGAAGAUGGUGUUUUAUAUGUGCUGUUGAUUUGAAUCGGAAUGUACACAUUCCGAUAAUUUUGUUUUUUUUUCUUCUUCUUCUUCUUCUUAAUUUCUCUUCGAUGGAGAGAGAAAGGUUAUUGCGAAUGAAUGAUGAUGGAGGAUGCGAAUAUCUGCGGACGGGAAUGGUUGGAUCAUCUUCACCGUCGAGAUCGCCGUCGAUGUCGUCUCCCCCUUCCGCGACCGUGGGAGUCACCGUUGACGGUGGUGUAAACUACAUACUACACACCGUGACGAAAUUCGAUACUCUUGCGGGCGUGGCAAUCAAAUACGGAGUCGAAGUAGCGGACAUAAAGAAGCAAAACGGGUUGGUGACAGAUCUCCAAAUGUUUGCUCUUAAGACCCUCCAAAUACCAUGUCCUGGAAGACAUCCUCCUUCCCCAAGCUUGUCCAAUGGACACGGAACUCCUCCACGGCCAAGCAGCUCUCAGCAGUCCGCAUCUAGCCGUAGAUACUCCGAUAUAUUCGAUUCAUUUCCAUCACUAAAACUGAAAGCUUCGACGGACGAAAAAAUCUCACCGGCCAUCAACCUUUUACGAGGCUAUUACGGUCUGAAAUCAGGUGAUGAUCCAAAAGGAGCAUCAGAAGGGUUCGAAAUGUCUGUAUACCGAAAAGGGGGUUCUCACUAUCUAGAAGAUGGGCCAUUUUCGAAAUCGUCCAACCCUCCACUGAGCCACCAUAGAAAAUCCAAGAGUGCUGUUAACUGUUUAGCUGCCGAAAACGGUGAUAAUCGGCUCAUCAUGUCUCAAGAACCCGAAAGUAACGACUCGAUUGAGAAGCUGAUCAGGCGGCGCCAAAAAUCCGUUGCCGAUUUCAGCAAAUGCACUCCGGAAAAGCUUCUCAAGGAGGAAAACACAAGCGGCAUUGCAAUUUCGUCCAUUACUGGCAAGGGCUUGGCCCUUAGGCCCAAGUCAGCGGGCCGGACUGCUGAUGGUGAAACUGCUGGCCCGGGCCCGUUUCCGUUGAGUUUGGGGGAUUCUGUAUUAAACGACAGUGGCAGUGGAGUGCGAAAGUCGUCGAGCACGUCGAGUUUGCAGGAUUCGGAAAAUGGGGCAUUGUCAUCCAUUUGGCCGACGUCUAAGUGGAGUCUGAAACCGGAUUUUCAAGCUCUUUCUGCUGCAGCCAUCACUAGGCCCAUCUUUGAUGGGCUGCCCAAGCCGUCUAAUUGGAAAAACAAAGCAGCACUGGAUUAGGUUGGUUGAUUUGCAUAUUUAUUGUUCCUUUUGGAGAAAUAGCAAUGAAGAAUUUGUGGUAAAAAAAGUAAUGAAACAUUCACGGAUAGUUUUUUCUUUUU